AUGGAGUUUUCUUUUCUGCAUGUUUCUGUCGUCAUAAUUGCCUUAGCCACUAUUACCCAGACAUCUUUUGCCCAACCCGCCUGUGAAUCUGAUUGCAUUAAAGAGUUUCUUGACGUACAUAACGCGGCUCGAGAAAUAGUUGGCGUUCCACCUGUUAAGUGGAACUCCACCUUAGCAGAGUUUGCCGAAUCCUAUGCUGCUGAGAGGUCUGUUGAUUGUGCGUUGAAGCACUCACAAGGACCGUAUGGGGAAAACAUCGCAUUGGCCGGUUUGAAAUCGUCUGUUGCAGAAUCUGUUAAGGGAUGA